CCCGACUCUCUCCCCCCUAUUCUUACAAGAUCUGUAGCAUCAGCCGUCUUGCAAGGCAGCUACGGGCUUGACCCGUCAACCUUCGUCAAUGAUCUGCUUCCUCCUUCUCGUCUGGUGCAUCCUCUGCUGCAGCAGCGCCUUCAUCGGCAGGCCGCGGCCCAGCCACUCAUCAUGGCGCGAGAGGCAGCAGCGACCGCGGCACCGGCGGCUGCCGCCACGCAUGAAUCUGGCGAUAGAUCCGGGAGUGCUCAAGGCGACUGCUCUGCUGGAAGGGAUCUUCAAGGUGAAGCCCAUCAUGGGCUUCGCGGCCGCCAAUGCGAGGAAGAUGAUGGUCAAGCGAGGUAGGUACGCGAGGGCGCUUGGUGGCAUAUAUUUGCACGGCGGAUUGGUGGUGCGGUCUGCAGGGGAGUCGAUUGGCUACUCGUGGAGUGAUGAAGUGGACGCGCUCAAGCGGGCAAAGGAGCAGCUGGACGCCGAGUACGAGCGGCUGCUGGACGCCGAUCUGCACAGCAACUACCCAUCCUACUACUGCGUGCCGUUCCACGCCUACGAUGAGGGGAACCUCUCCUGGCAGGUGAGCUGCGGUGCGCUCAGUUCACUCACAACGAAAGAAGGAAACAAAUCAACCAACACGAGUAUCGGUCGAUCACAUUGAUUGAUAUAUCAGGCCGCCAUGGAGGCGGAGCCAGCGGCUGUGACGGUCCACUCGCCCCUCUAUGGUGACAACCCCAGUGACCUCAGACCUGACGGGGACAGGAUGCUGCGGCACCGAUUCCACCAGGAGAUGGUCGUCAUGCUCAAGGAGAGGGGCGGAAUGACGCCGGAGAGGAUUGUGGACAUUGGGUGCUCCACGGGGCUGUCGACGAUGAAGCUGCACGAGACCUUUCCCACGGCAAAGAUCACUGGGGUGGAUUUGUCACCUUACAUGUGUGCCGUCGGCGCGUACAAGCUACAGCAACGGGGGUCCCCUGACGCACUGGCUCAUAUCGAGUACCGCCAUGCCGCCGGGGAGGCCACUGGUGGGCACGGCACAGACAGACAGACAGACAGACACACAGAGAAUAUGACACAUGGCAGCAGCAUUGGUGGAUUGAUGUGUCCUUUCUCUGUGUGUGUUGGUUCGGUUCGUCAUUCUUUCUCAGGUCUUGCGGAUGGCAGUGUGGACCUGGUGACGAUCUGUCUGGUGCAUCACGAGCUGCCCACACACGCGGCAAAGGACAUCUUCCGCGAGGCGUACAGGCUGCUCAAGCCGGGAGGCUCCCUCGCCGUCAUGGAUGUUAACCCAGUGUCGCCGACAUUUGUCAAGCUCGCCACCAACCCCCUGUUCUUCGCUGCAUUCAGGUAGGCACCUCACCUGGCACGAUGUCCGUCCAGCGCACUACUCUCUCUCUCUCUCUCUCUGUGUGUGUGUGUGUGUGAUGUGUGCAGGUCGACCGAGCCGUAUAUCACUGAGUACAUCCAGAUGGAUAUCGCCCAUGAGAUGCAGGAGGCAGGAUUCUGUGACGUCGAGAGCCGCGAGAACUCGCCCAGGCACCGGACCGUUGUGGCCACCAAGUGACGAGAGGGCUUGUGAGUGUGAGUGUGGGUGUCGAUAGAGAUUUGUGAGUGGCUUGACGAGUGAGUGAAGUACACAUGGUGUAGUCAAUCAGAUGGACAAGAGACUUAGUUGCGACUGACACAGAUCAGAUGUAGAGCCAUCCAUUUCUGUGUCAGACUAAUCAAUCACCUAACACCAUCAAGUCUGUCU